AUGGAAGAGCAGAAAAUGCUGCCAACGAAUGAUGCCAUGGUUAGUAAGCCAAGAAAAAAGAAACCUUCAACACAUGAGACUGCAAUGCUCAAUGCACCCGGGAAUAGUAAGAAAAGACUUCAGGAUGCACGAGCCCGGUCUAGCCAGAAAGGACAGAAGGCCUCCAAAAAAGUACUGAUGAAUGAUAUUUCCCCAUUGUUCCGACAAGAAGAGAGGUCGACCUCAGAUUCUUUGCCAGACUCUUCUACAUAUGGAAAUGAAUACCGGGCUUUGAGGCGAAAAUAUUUACUACUAGAAGAGGAAAGCUUUGGAAUGGGAUCAGAAUUGAAAGAGGUUGAAGAUGAGAUAAUGGCCCUUGAGAAGGAGAAGCUAUCUUUGUUGGAUGAGCUUGUUGUGUUGGUAGGCCUAAUUGAUCCUUCAGAUAUUCAGCCUCAGGGACAAAGAUUGCAAUGA